AUGUCUUCAGUUACAGGAAAAAAAGUUGCGAGAACCUACUCGCGGCAGAAGAAGCGGCCGUUGGACGACGAAGAUGCACCUACGAAGCGCAGACGCGUCGAAAUCACAGGAGAGAACAGAGCGGCUGUUACUCCAACACAAACAGAAGGCUCGAUUCCUCUUGGAAACUCAUCUCCUCGUUGCGGUACUUCGGCACCUCCCACCUCAAGUCCCAGAGACUUGCCUGCUAUCUUUUCGGAUGAGCCACCUCGGUCUAGUCCACCCUCGUCGCCAACACCACGCAGCUCCCCACCAGCUCUGCACAAGCGCCGACCUGUGUUCGGAUUCCUGAAGAAGCAUGUAAAGUCCAAAACACCCGCCAAGGAACCUCUCACAGAGCGAAGCCACAAUGCACAAAGCGCACAGAAGCAGCCGCCUGCGAAGAUGAAGCGCAUGGUACAAAUGCAGCUUGACUUGGCGAUCCAGCAUCGCAAGGCAUGCAAGACGUGCGGUAUGGAGUAUAUACCAUCAAACGCCGAGGAUGCAGCACUACACCGGAAGUUCCACGCCAUGAACGUUGGAGGGGUAGACUUCACCAAACCCGUCAUCGAGCGUUUUCGAAAGACCGAGGUUUGGAGUGGUGGUGAUGGGAGUUUCAUCUCCGUCAUAGGACGCAAAGAUGCCCUUGCGCUGCGUAAUAGAGCCAGCGACGUGCUGAAGGUAGUCAACACGGAGCUCGCAGCUGUUUCGAUACCUGACGAGGAACUGUGGGGCCAGGCUGGCCGUACAGUCUUUGCGGACGCGCCACUGGAAGAGCUAAAAGCAGCAAAGACGGCCGUGCUGGCGGCGGAAGAUUAUUACGCUCCGCUUGUCGACCGAUUCAAAGUCUAUCUCUACUUCCGAGGCCACAAGUGCGUGGGUGCGUGCUUAGCGGAGCGAAUCUGGGAAGCCUACACGGUUUUGGGUCAAGAUGACGUGCCCGAGAAGACGUGCGAGCUUCCUCGGCCGCCUCAAAGCUCGUCGAUUUCCAUCAGUACUGUGUCGGAGCCGGCUCUGUUGGGCAUCUCACGGAUAUGGACGUCUACUCAUUGUCGGAAGCAAGGUGUAGCGUCUAGGUUGCUGGAGACGGCGCGAUGUGAUUUCCUGUAUGGAUUAAAGGUUGAGAAGGAGCUGGUUGCGUUCAGCCAGCCCACGGAGAGUGGAGGCAAUCUUGCGCGGAACUGGUUUGGUAGACAGGCGGGGUGGCAUGUGUACAUUGACUGA